GCAAUUCGUUAUCGCUGACCGCUGCUGCAUUUGCACUUACAGUAACCUAUCCCUGGUGGAAAAGGAGGCAAGGAAGAUAGUUGGCAUCGCGUGAGACACCGUGUCAUGUGUCAGAACCUACAUUGUGUGACGUAGCAGUUAUAUCAGUUUCUGCGUCGUGGUUUAGAGCUAGCCUAAUAGUAAUACUAGUAUUAGUAAUACUGAACAUCUUUCUUGUUGCUGCAUGUGCCAGCACCUGCAAGGCCUAACCGGUCUAGCUAAAAAGCUCACUUCGACUUACCAGCGGACACGAGGGCACAUGCUGGUGACCGACGGGACAAAUGAAGUCUCUUCUGCCAACAACCGUCUUCGCAGACCCAACCCUGAACGACUGACAGCCACAGUUCGAGCAGAAUGAUGUCUAUUGUCACAAAGGACCUUCUCUGACACAAGUGUGCGGUGGCGUUGAAGCGCCAGGAUCGACAAAACUAUGGCGAGGAAAGAGGACCUGUUGGCCUCCUGUGUAGCUUCGUGGAUUCUCCUCCUUCUACUGGGUGCUGUCAACUCUGUGUCCGCAGCGGCCACUCCAGGAGAAACACCAACGUUUGUCAUCGAAGCAUGUCUGCAGGAUCAAGGCAAUUUCUCACAGGUGCUCAGCCACAAGUUGGCCGCCAUCUCGGAGAUCAUGCGCCUGUCUGAUGCACAGCGCACUCCCGCCGCGUGCGCUGCUGCGUGUGCCUCGCUGGGCUUUCACCACGCGGGUAUUCGCAAUGACUGGGAGUGCUGGUGUGGCGAGGACACGCGCUACACGGCCGAGGCGCAGUGCAACAAGUGCCAGGGUGACGACAAGCUGCUGUGCGGUGGCCUGGGCGUGAUGGCACUGUACGAUUUAGACCAUGAGUGGCCGAGUUUCCGAUACAAUGGCUGCUUUCGUUACGAGACAGCCCAGGACAUUUCCAAUCUCUUACCUCACACCCAGUGGACUACGUCCGAAGCAGCUCACUGGUCACAUCAGCUGCGUCAACCGGCUGUCUGUGUCAAAUGGUGUCUGGAAAAGGGGUUUCGCUUCGCCGGUUGGACUCACGUCUACGAGUGCCACUGCGGCCUGUUCGUGCCAGACGUUACCGAGGCAACCUGUGAUCCGUGCUUUGCCGACCGACGUUACCUGUGCGGUACCAGAACCCAGAUUGCCAUCUAUGAGGUGGUCCAGGAUCCACCGAGGGCACAGAUAUGCGGUGGUGAGAAUCACACAGCGGUGGCGGGCUAUCCCAUCGGCUUGCACUGUACGGCGGACGGUGAUAGUCCAGUGGUUGUUGCCUGGCAUCGUAUGCGGGGCAACGACAAGAAAGCACCUCUUGGGGAUGCCACACAUAUCCUGGCAGUGACAGGUGAUUUGACAAUUCACAACGCGAAGAAGUCCGACGAAGGCCUGUAUGUGUGCGAGGCGAGCAAUGAGAAUAUGCUGAGCAAGUUGCAGAGAUCGCACACCCAAACCGCUCGUCUAACUGUUCAAUUACCGCCAACGGCUCAUCUCAGUCUGGACAACAAUGGCAAAACCCUACUGUACGGUGAGACGGCAGUGCUGAGAUGUCAGGUUAAAGGUGACGCACCACUCAUCGUGCAGUGGUUCUUCAAGGGUAAACGGCUCGACCCCAGCUCAUCGGCCAAGCACAUCGUCCGCAACCAGAUCGGCAGUGCUGUCGUCUCACUGGAGGUGUUCAACGUUAGCUCUCUUGAUCUUGGCGAAUACGCUUGUGAGGCGACCAACCCAAAGAUUAUCCUGCCUCAGGCACGUGUUCGUCGUCACAGCAUGGAGCUAACGGCUCUAGAUAACACUGUUAUCAUUCCCAAAUAUAUGCAGCCACCAUCAGAUAUGACAGUCAGCGACUCGCAGGACGUGGUGGUCAAACAAGCCGGUGUUGGUUUAUCCGUCGGAGUUAUCGUGCUGGUGGUAGUGCAGGUUUCUCUCAUCCUGCUCAUCCUCACCGUAGCCAUUUUCUAUCGUUACAGGAAGUACAGGGACGAGAAGGACCUGUAUAACGUUAAUGCAGAUGUCAAAGUUAAUCCAGUUGCCACGAACAAGAGCAACAUCAGUCCACCCAUUUCACAGCAUGAGCAGCAGUAUCUAGAUCAGGCCUAUAACAGCACACCCCAGCAAGGCUACCCACUACACAACAACCAGCUCGCACAGACAAAUCAAGAACAGCAGUUAGCGGCAGCGGCCAUGCCAGGAACGCCGUCGCAGGUGCAUCCGCACGACCAGCACGGUGCGCUAGCCGACGGCAGCCGUGUCAAUCUGCCUCCGGAGCCACGCCGUGCAGUAGUCUACAUGGAUGACAUGGAGGAGAGCAUCUGCGAAACACCAAGGCCGCCUCCGCCACCACCCACAUCGCUUCCACCGUCCACGUCACACUACCCCAACCAAGCACGUCCGAGGAACGGCGGCACACUACCGCGGGUCAACAGCACCAACACCAGUCGCUGGUCGCUGAACAGCUGGGGAGGCAGCAACACCCUGCCAGGCCAUGGCAACGGGGGAAAUGCCCAUGGCAACGGACACGGGAAUUAUCCUGCCGACUUCUAUGCGUUGCCUCCUGACGGCACGGCAAGCAGAAACAGUGUGUCCAAAUUGUGAGUGAUGAGGGAGAGCAACGCGUCCAAGGAAGAAGGCGAGUGACACGUGUCGACCAGCGUCUGUUCUUGCUGUGUGUGUGUGUGUGUGUGUGUGUGUGUGUGUACAUGUACAUAAUUGUGUGUGUGUGUGUGUGUGUGUAUGUAUGUUUAUGGUGUUGUAUGUGUGUGUGUAUGUAUUCGUGCAUGCGUGAGUGCAUGCACACGCCAAGAUAUGACUAACUGUAUAAGACUGUUGAAACCUGCGGUAUCCUUUGCAGUGCAUUUUAACUUGUCAUCUGUUAUCACUGGUGUUGCAUAGAUUGAGCAGUACCAGUACCUGUGUCAUAUUUGUCAUGUGUGUUACAUCAAUCUCUGUUGAUGACGACUGGUUAGAUUUCACUUCACUGAGAUCUCACACGUUUGUCUUCUGAUAAUCAUUGAAAUAAGGGGAUGCGAAAAGGAAACGGACAACUAAAACUGUUCUGCGCUAGCUAUAUGCCAAAUGUUUACUGUAAAUGUGAUCCGUUAGAUUUCUCACCUGUUGUUGAGAGACAUGAAAUGUGCCGCAUUGUAUACAUUUGUUUUUAAACCUUUUUUAAUCAAUGAUAUUGUGUGGCUAACAUGAUAUACUCAUUGCCUUUGACUCCGUGCCGUGAAAACCAA